CCGUGACCGUGACGUGACGACCUAGUAGGGGACCAACCAUAACAGAAGCUAUUACUCUACCAUCUGAGAGAAUCAUUGAAUUUUAAGCCAGGGCCUCUACUUGAGUCUGGCGUUUGUGGAUGGAAGUGGCGAUAGCAAUUGAGAUGGGUCCUGAGAGAAUCUUACCGAAUUCCGAGGAUGAGCUGGGUCAGGAACGGCCGUCGGAUGGCACAGUGCCCGACAUCGGUGGAGAAUGGAGCGGAGAGGACAUGGAAGAAGACGAGAGUGGUGUUGGAGACGAGGACGACGAAAAUGGAGGCUACUAUUACCAGCCUUUAAACCAAGAUCCGGAUGGUCUACAUGCUGUGCCAGUGGACCAGCCCGAGGACAUGGGCUCACAUGCAGAACAGAUGCAAGAGGUUCAAGAAAGGAUUGAGGCAAUGGGUCUCCACCUUCCCCAGGCGCCUCCCGCAGACAGUGAGGAUGAGUUGGAUCCAGAGGUGGCUGCUGUCCAGGUCAGCAACAUGUCUAUUCCCAUGGAUGCAGACCACGUGGAGCUAGUGAAGAGGACCAUGGCAGCAGUGGCCCUGCCCUCCCUGGGAGUCCCAGCCUGGGCCCAGGAGAUCUCAGACGAUCAGUGGAAGGACAUGGUCCAGCAGACCCUCCAGACCAGGCAGAGCUCUGCAGGCCUCAGGAUACAACGCAAAAAGGAAUGACCAGAGGUGUCUCAAAUCCCAUGUCUAGGCCCAGCUCCAUGUUCAACUAUACACUGAAUUUUACCAUCACACAUGCAAACAAGUGACUGGAGCAAUGUCUCACAGAUUGUGACUUGUUGGGAACCAACUGUCUAUAUUAUUAGGAAUUCGUACUGCGUCCAUUUCUUUUUCAAUGGAGAUUAUUCAGUGUGAUCCCCUUAAUCCUGUGUUCAUCUUUGUGGAUUGCUAUAGGUCAAAUGAAUUAGGUUGUUCAGUGGAAAAAGCUUUUCCUUUCAUUCACAAUAUUCGUUGUUGAAAAUGUCAGUUUAUUGUAAUUAUUACGAGCUUUAUGUGCUAAGGGAGAAGGGAAGCCCUCUGGACCGUAGUGGAGCAGAAAGAGGCACAUGAACCAGGAUCCCCCUUAUUAGGAAAAACGUUAUAGAUCACAAAUGUUCCAUGCCACCUGUUCUAACACCAGAUCGCCUUUAAGUCCAAUUGUGUUAUUUUCCUUCUACCAGGUUUUGAUUACCUUUUGAUCAUUGUAUUUUACUUUGUUUCCUGUCCUAAUGUGUGUGUGUAAAUAUGUAAAUGGGCAUCUUUAAUAAGUAAACAUAGAACCCAAUCUAUUAAAAUGUGACCAAUGGUGCAAUUCACAUGUAGGAAAUUUUAACUUCAAUGGAUGUCAAACAUGUCUACUUUAUUUUUUACUUUUUAUUUUGUUCUGUACAUACAUGAACAUCUGUACAAAAUAUGACUUUCAUACUAUGUAAUGCUCUACCUAAUUAAAGUACAACAUAUGUACAUAUGA